AUGGCUAAGGAAACAGUCUUAUUUGAACGAAAUUAUAUUAUUAUUAAAGAAAGAUCAUCACAAAGUGAAACACGUGCUGCGCCACUUGAUGAAAUAACUGGAACAUUAACAAUUUCAGAGCAUGAACGUGGAAAAUUUUUUCGCUUCAUACCAUUAGGUCUUGAAGAUGUAAUGACCGAUGAUUGGGCACUGAUUAAUGGGGGUCAUUCAGUUGUUUAUGAUAAGCAAGAUGGAGAUUCUGUUGCCGUUCCAUCUAGUCCACUAUUGAAAUAUCGACUUCAUUUUAAUUUAAAUGAUUUACGAAGUGUCCGGCGACAUCAUAUGACUCAUGGCAUUGCACAUAUGGUAUUUAUUCUCAAAGAUGGUACUACAUUACCAGCAUUUUAUUUUAAUCAUGGUGGAAGUAAAGAACUUUUACAAAAACUUGCUCAAAGCCUACCACUUGAAAAAUCAACACAAGAUACACGCUUAUAUGUUGUCAAAGACGAUUUUCCACGAGCAAAUGCAUCGCAAGCUAUAAGUGCCUUUGAUCAACUUAAUUUAUUUGACAAUUCAAAUGAUUCAGUAAAAGGAUCUCAAGGAAAUGAGUCUCGUCGAACAGCCAUUAAAAAUUUUUCACGUGUAACACAUUUUCUUAAAGAUACUUUACUCGGUCAAAAUGAUAUGAUACCAACGACAGAAAAUUCCGAUCGAAAACUUACACCUGAUAUAAGUGCUCUGAUCGAAUCAUUCAAUAGUGAUUUUAGAGAAUCCAAUAAUGAUGGUUUUGAAGUUAUUUAUAAGGUAGAUUUUAAAAAAUUACCUGAUAUUACACGUGGCCAACCGUUCACAUUGAAAGACUGGCAAAUGUCCUUUGAUAAAGACGGGCGCAUAAAUGAUGUGAACAAAGUGAAAGAGAGAAUAUUUCGUGGUGGAUUAGAAUCAAUUUCAUUAAGACGUGACGUAUGGAGAUUUUUAUUAAAUUAUUAUCCAUGGGCAUCAACAUAUGAGGAACGUAUAGAAAUAGCUAAACAACGAAAGGCAGAAUAUUUUACAAUGAAAGUUCAAUGGAAAUCAAUAAAUGAACAACAAAAACAAAGAAAUUCUUUAUUUCGUGAUCGAGGAUCUCUUAUUGACAAAGACGUAGCGCGUACCGAUCGAACACAUGACUAUUUCGCAGGAGAGAAUAAUGUUCAUUUGGAUAUACUUCAUGAUAUAUUAAUGACUUACAAUAUGUACAAUUUUGAUUUGGGUUAUGUACAAGGUAUGAAUGAUUUAUUAAGCCCAAUAUUAGUGACAAUGGAAGAUGAAGUUGAUUCAUUUUGGUGUUUUGUUGGAUUGAUGUCGCGCAUGGAACAUAAUUUUCAUUUGGAUCAAUCACAUAUUAAAAAUCAACUCGGCAAUCUCCAUACACUUCUUCAAUUUAUUGAUGCUGAACUUGCAAAAUAUUUGGUUGAAAAUAAUGCCAGCAAUAUGUAUUUUUUCUUUCGAUGGAUGUUAAUUUGUUUUAAACGUGAAUUUUCAUUUGAUGAUGUUAUGUAUUUAUGGGAGGUCAUAUGGACAGAUCAUAUAUGUCAUAAUUUUGAAUUACUUAUCUGUCUCUCGAUAUUAAUUUCACAGAAAACAGUGAUUAUGGAAUCGAAAUUUGGUUUCACGGAAAUUCUUAAAUUUUUCAACGAUCUAUCCUGUAAUCUCGACUUGGAUACAUGUCUUCUAUCGGCUGAAAAACUCUACAUUCAAAUAUCUACACAUCGUGAUAUUCCCACAUCGAUUGCGAAGAUUCUUGGUCUUCCAACUGGUCCCAAUCAACGUCUAUUAUCAACUAUAGAAAAUGCCACGUAUCCACGUAAAAUUUACACUGAACAGCCACGUGGUACAAUGAAUUUAGAUAGUUCAUAUUUUCGUCAAGAAUCUUGUCCAUCACUGAGUCCUGUUCAACAUGAAACCAGAGAAGCAUUACUCAAUGAUUUUUUUACAAUGACACCAUUCGUGCAGUUUUAA